CAAGUUACAAACAGCCCUCCUGAGCUGUGUAUGGAAAGUGGAAGGUCCCCAAGCUGUUUAAUGAGGUGUCAGCAUAACACUUUGAAGAAGCACCUGGAAGGGCUUUGCAAUGCAGGUCAGAAGAUAGGUACAAGUGUAUCUCUUCAGUUUCUGGGCAGGGAAAUGAGAGGGAUUACCUGCAGGGAAGUCUGUUGUGAAGAGAAGGAGACAUCACAUGCAGGACUACAGGUAUUGAUUUCUUUAAAAGCGAAACUAGGGCGAUAUUGUAACAGAGAAAAGCUGCUUGAAAGAGUUGGUUACGUGAUGGGUUAACUCAGGGCUGCCUCCAGAAAUUUAUGAAGCAAGGAAAGAUUCCAGGCUGAGCUGGUGCAAAGGAUCCUGAACUGAUAAACUCUGCCCUGUUGCAGGAAAGCCUGGCACGAGCUGCAGCUCCAGCAGCUACAAGAGCUGGAAAAGCACUGCCAUCCCAGCACUACAGGCUGAAUCCUGAAUCCAGUACACUUCUGAAUCCUGAAGGCAGGUCUUUGUACCUGAAACACCUUCAGCUCCCAGUGGAGCAGGCACGAGUCAGUGCCAAGUACUCUUGGAAAUCUCAGCCUCAGUGUGUCACUUCUGUUUACCUUUGCCUUAGAGCUGACAGCGAACAAGAGCAGAGUCAGGGGUUCCUCUUUCCUACGAGAUCCCAAAGUUUCUGCAUGUGUGAGGUCACCAAGUUCCUCCAGCACACACUGGGAAAGGGGGUGCAGCCAUACAAAGGGCAGGAUCUUGCUGAAUAACAUCGACUAUAGUUUCUCUCUCGCUGUGAGAGCUCACGGCAAGUCAGGCAGGGUCCUGGAAACACGAGGGCUGCAGGACUGGUAAACCUGGCAAAGUAACUACCCUUGCAUGUAAGCCUAAAAAAUCCUGACAGAGCAGCGUGGCCAUUGCAGAGGUUGUUCAAAACUGAGUGGAGCGGGGGGGGAAGCUUCACAUACCUCUUAGCCACGUUUCAUUUGAUGUCAAAUUGGUUGUUUAGUUUUUCCCCUGCAAGAGACUCCACCUCCUUUCAAAGUCGCCUUAAAACCUGUUGAGAUUUUAUCCCAGUGUAGCUCCUGCUUUGUGCUGAAUAGUUACACAGGGAAAGGACAGCAAAAAAAAAAAAGUCCCCAGUCCCACUUGCAGGGGAUUCAGACACCUGGUGCUUUAGAAAACUGCUGCCCUGACAAAGAAUUUCUGCUUGGAUUGAAGUGUUUUCUUGUCCCUAAAAGUAAUCUAAAGGAAGACAUCGCUUGCUACUGGCCUGGAAAACACCUUCCUUUCCCUUUUUUUUUUUCUUCCUGUUUUAGAGGAAAAGGAAACUUGAAGAAGGGAGUUUUUCUUCAGUUUUGCUCUCAAGCAUAGGUUAACAUGCCAGGGAAGGAGGAGGAGGAGGCCCUUGGCAUCGCUCAUCUCCUCCUGGAACUGCAUUGCAUCAGUUGGAAAACAGGACGAGAGGACAUGAGACAGCUCAUCCCGAUGUCUUUUUAAAUGCAGGGAAAUUCAUACCACCAGCAUCUACUGCAGGGAAAUGAGCAGAUGCCAAAUUUUCUUUUACACUUACAAGAAGUGAGAAGCCAUGGGCGUGUUUCCCUUUUUUAACGCGAGCAACGUUUCGCAGGCCGGCUCCUUCGAGGACAGCCACAACUGGACAGCGGCCACCCAGUUCACCCAGCCAGGAUGGAGAAUUGCUCUGUGGGCCAUCACCUACUCCUUCAUCGUUAUCACAUCCAUCAUUGGCAACAUCACCAUCAUCUGGAUCAUCCUGGCACACAGGAGAAUGAGGACCGCCACCAAUUACUUCAUCGUUAACUUGGCCCUUUCGGACCUGCUGAUGUCCGCUUUCAACACCAUCUUCAAUUUUAUCUAUGCCAGUCACAAUGUCUGGUAUUUUGGAGAGGAAUUCUGCAGGUUUCAGAACUGGUUCCCUAUCACUGCAGUGUUUGUGAGCAUUUACUCCAUGACAGCCGUGGCUGCAGAGAGGUACGUGGCCAUAAUUCACCCUUUCAAGCCCAGGCUGUCUGCUGGAAGCACCAGGGUCAUCAUUGGGAUGAUCUGGCUGGUGGCAUUCGGGCUCGCCUUCCCACAGUGCUUCUACGCCGAGAUCACGAUGGACAACGGAGCCAUGAAAUGCAUCGUGGUCUGGCCCGAUGAUGUUGGAUCCAAGCACCAGCUGACGUAUCACAUUGCCGUGAUUGUGUUGAUUUAUUUACUGCCCUUAAUGGUGAUGUUUGUUGCAUACAGCAUUAUAGGAGUUACCCUGUGGAGCAGCGCGGCUCCAGGCAACCACCUGAACAGAGUCCACUAUGAACACCAAGUUAAUGCCAAAAAAAAGUUUGUGAAGACGAUGGUGGUAGUGGUGAUCAUUUUUGCUGUCUGCUGGCUGCCCUAUCACAUAUACUUCAUCCUGGGGAGCUUCAAGGAGGAUAUCUACCAGCAGAAAUACAUUCAGCAGGUGUAUCUCGCAGUCUUCCUCCUUGCCAUGAGCUCGACAAUGUACAACCCCAUCAUAUACUGCUGCCUGAACCAGAGGUUUCGUUCUGGCUUCAAGCUAGCCUUCCGGUGGUGUCCGUGCAUAAAAGCAACAGAAAAAGACAAACUUAAACUUAUGUCCCCAUCUCUCUACCAGACAACCCACAGGAAGUCAAGAACAACAAGUUUCAACACAGAAACUCAGCUGAAUGAGAAAGAGAAGACAUUGUUGACCCUCACCCAAUCACCACUUUAAUUUCCUGCUACUGGCUCCAUCCCCACACACCAUGCCAAGGCAGCAGAUCUGUAGAAGCCUCAGGCAGGUCUUUUUCUCUGGACCAACUGUUUCCUACAGGACUUCUUUGGAUGCCAUCAGCAUUAAAGGCAGUGUGUUGGUAACUCUUAUAUCCAUGUAGGUCCAAAUAUCACCCAGCUACACAUACGAGUUUAGCCGUCCCUUACAUCAACAGCUGCAAUACAGAACAGACAUCAGCCCCAGGAGGUCAAAAAAAAUCAGCAGAGCAGAUCUGAGGCAGUGUCAAUCAGUAGAAUAUAAAUUAUUCUCUUCUACACUCUCAUCUCCUGAUUUCUGUUCCACCAAGACACUUAAAUUCAGAAAAGAGGCGAUGGAGCAGAAAGGCUGGGGCUCGAGUGGCCCGGCUGGGAUGGACCCUUGUGUGGGCAGCCCCAAGGCAGGUAACACCGUGGACCAAAGCCUGUUUAUAACAAAGGCAAAUACUAACACAUCCAGACUGAAAAAUCCAGCCUGCCCUCAGAAUUUUCUGAAUUCUGGGAUUGUCAUGCCUGCGAUUUCACCGGCAGAAACAGUCCCUGAACAUGUUGUCAUCACAUGGAUUUCUAUAACCUUGUCCCAAAACAAUGCUGUUUUCCUAUUAAACCGUGCUCAAGUGAUUCCUUCUUCCCAUGAGUUGUGGUGCCUAAUUUGGAGAGCAAGGCUCCCAGAAGGCUCUCAGUCAGGAGCCAGGGAUGCCCACUGGCUUGUUCAGGGAUCAUGGAUCCAACCAGAAUCCACCUUCCUUACAUCCUUUCAGUCCUAACAGCAGUGGCCCACUGCUGUCUUUUCCCAGAUAGUCCCUUCACCUUCCCUUUCCAGACUUACCCUGUAUUUAUCCUCACUGCUCUUCCCAGAUAUGAAAAUAAAGGCUGAAAUAUGUCAUCUUCCCAGCCUGAGGCAUUAUGUGCAGGCACACAAAACAGGAGAAGCUGAAAUAUAAACAUUAUGUAAAAGUAAUACAGCAUUUAAUAGUGGUGUGGUAAAUUACCACCUCACAAUCACCUUCACCUCUCAUGGCAGGUUUGUAAAUAAUAUCACAGAGCCUUACCUUAUCAAUUAAAAAGCCCCUGUAAUGUUGACAAGAUCCAGUUAUUUGAAAUAUUCU